CCGAGUUGUAUAUAGGGAGCCGCAUCCGCCCAUGUGCCGCAGGUUCUCUUACAUCGACCGCCUAAGAGUCGCGCUGUAAGAAGCAACAACCUCUCCUCUUCCUCUCCGCCAUCUGCUCGGCAGACGCAAAGCAGCAACCAUGCGUGAGUGUAUCUCCAUCCACGUUGGCCAGGCUGGUGUCCAGAUCGGCAAUGCCUGCUGGGAGCUCUAUUGCCUGGAGCACGGCAUUCAGCCCGAUGGCCAGAUGCCAAGUGACAAGACCAUCGGGGGAGGAGACGACUCCUUCAACACCUUCUUCAGUGAGACGGGCGCUGGCAAGCAUGUGCCCCGGGCCGUGUUUGUAGACCUGGAACCCACAGUCAUUGAUGAAGUUCGCACUGGCACCUACCGCCAGCUCUUCCACCCUGAGCAGCUCAUCACAGGCAAGGAAGAUGCUGCCAACAACUACGCCCGAGGGCACUACACCAUUGGCAAGGAGAUCAUUGACCUUGUCUUGGACCGAAUUCGGAAGCUGGCUGACCAGUGCACAGGUCUUCAGGGCUUCUUGGUAUUCCACAGCUUUGGAGGGGGAACUGGUUCCGGGUUCACCCUCCUGCUGAUGGAACGUCUCUCUGUCGAUUACGGCAAGAAGUCCAAGCUGGAGUUCUCCAUCUACCCAGCCCCUCAGGUUUCCACAGCUGUAGUUGAGCCCUACAACUCCAUCCUCACUACCCACACCACCCUGGAGCACUCUGAUUGUGCCUUCAUGGUAGACAAUGAGGCCAUCUAUGACAUCUGUCGUAGAAACCUCGAUAUUGAACGCCCAACCUACACUAAUCUAAAUAGGUUGAUAGGCCAGAUUGUGUCCUCCAUCACUGCUUCCCUCAGAUUUGAUGGAGCCCUGAACGUUGAUCUGACAGAAUUCCAGACCAACCUGGUGCCCUAUCCCCGUAUCCACUUCCCUCUGGCCACCUAUGCCCCUGUCAUCUCUGCUGAGAAAGCCUACCAUGAACAGCUUUCUGUAGCAGAGAUCACCAACGCGUGCUUUGAGCCAGCCAACCAGAUGGUGAAAUGUGACCCUCGCCAUGGUAAAUACAUGGCUUGCUGCCUGUUGUACCGUGGCGAUGUGGUUCCCAAAGAUGUCAAUGCCGCCAUUGCCACCAUCAAGACCAAGCGUACCAUCCAGUUUGUGGACUGGUGCCCCACUGGCUUCAAAGUGGGCAUUAAUUACCAGCCUCCCACUGUGGUGCCCGGUGGAGACCUGGCCAAAGUCCAGCGAGCUGUGUGCAUGCUGAGCAACACCACAGCCAUCGCUGAGGCCUGGGCUCGCCUGGACCACAAGUUUGACCUGAUGUAUGCCAAGCGUGCCUUUGUUCACUGGUAUGUAGGGGAGGGCAUGGAGGAAGGAGAGUUUUCUGAGGCUCGUGAGGACAUGGCUGCCCUUGAGAAGGAUUAUGAGGAGGUUGGUGUUGAUUCUGUUGAAGGUGAGGGUGAAGAAGAAGGAGAGGAAUACUAAGUUAAAAUGUCACAAAGGUGCUGCUUUUACAGGGAAGCUUAUUCUGUUUUGAAUAUUGAAAAGUUGUGCUCUGAUCAGUUAAUUUGUAUGUAGCAGUGUAUACUCUCAUAUAUAAUUACUGACCUAUGCUUUAAAACACAACGCUUUGUUACAGACCCAAGCUGUCCAUUUCUCUGAUGGGUUUGAAUAAAGUAUUCCCUGUCUUAAAUGGA